AUGGAGAAUUCCACACGUGAAAUUCACCAGCAUCUCGAUGGAGUAGGGAAAACACCGACAAAUUCUGCGGUUGAAGAUGGAUCUUCAUCGACCAAUAAUGAAGAAGCUAGUAUUGGAUCAAUUCUGGAUGAUCUACAAUAUCAAGGAGGCACUCUAUUCGAUACAGAUUCAGAUUUAGAGUUAGAAGAAGAAAGUAACUCAGUUGAAGUGUCACACUUAGCUGAUUGGCCAUCCGAGCUGAAGCCUUACAUUGGACAGAUUUUUCUUAGACUUGAUGAUGCUAUUGAGUUCUAUAAUAAGUGUGCACGAUAUGUUGGGUUUGUCACUCGUAAACAUGGAUCAAAAAAGAAGGGGGAUCAUGUCACAUGGUUGUAUGUUGUGUGCAGUAGAGAAGGUCAGAGGAAAAUGAAAAUGCAAGGGCAUGAGUCAAAGCGUAGACGUUCUUCUAGGAAGUAUUUUUGCAAGGCUAAAAUUGCUUUAAAGUUUUGUAAAGGAAUUGGUUAUGUUGUCAAUCAAUUUGAUGAAAUACAUAAUCAUGAUAUGGUGGAGUUACGCCAUAAGCGAUUCAUGAGGCUGAAUCGCAACAUUGACCUAUUGCAUCAGAAAUUUAUACUAGAUUGUGCAAGUGCAAACAUAGGCCCUACAUUGACUUUUAAGUUGCUGAAUGAAGUUCUUGCUGGGCUGGAUUAUGUUGGUUGCACGGUUGUAAAAGUUAGAAACUAUAGGCGCGACUUGAGAGCAUAUACUAGUGGGGCAGAUGCACAAAUGGUACUUAAUGGGAUGAGCCGAAAGAAAGAGAAUUGUCCAGCAUUCACCUAUGAUUUUGAGGUGAACUCUAAGAAUAGGCUCGCUCAUCUUUUCUGGUGUGAUCCCAUUGCUAAGAAGAAUUUCCAUCUCUACGGUGAUAUAGUAUCGUUGGCACAACCUAUUCAACUAAUAGUGGUGGUGGUUAUACUUGGUAAUUCUCUUCAAGUUGGAAAUCCUACAAAGUCCGCCUCUGAAAAGAGGCGAAUGAUUGAAGAGUUUUUUGGUAUGGUAAGGCCUGAAGUAGUUGAGGUCCAUCCUCCAGAUGUUGUCAAAACCAAGGGCCGCAGUGAGCCGUCUGAUUUCCAAGAGAGAAAAGGCUGUAAAGGAGGCUACUAG